AUGUUGAAGAUGAUGCGCAAAUCAGUUCUGAGUUCCUCUGGUUGUUAUUCUUAUCGCAGCAGCAGUAGCACAAGGGGUAUGCCUUUUCUUCACUCUACCCUUAUUACUGCUUUGUUUCAUUCUCAAUCCUCAAACCCAAGCAAAUCUGGAGAAACCCAUCUAGGAAACCAACCCUUAGAGCCUAGAGUGAGUAAUGUUGAGGAUGCCCUGGAGGUGUUCGACGAAAUGCUUCAGAGACGUCCUCUGCCGUCUGUUGUCCGCUUCACUCAGGUAUUGGCUCCUCUUGUCAAACUCAAGCACUAUCCAACAGUCCUCUCUUUGAAUUCACAGAUGCUUCUCUCUGGAAUUCGUCCUGAUCACUAUACUCUGGCCAUUGUCGUCAACUGCUACUGUCGUUUGAACCGAAUGGACUAUGCCUUGUCUGUCUUGGCCCACUUCUUCAAAUUGGGUCUUCAACCAGAUGUCACCACCUUCAGCACUCUCAUCAACGGCUUUGUUCUCAACAACCGAGUGGCCGAUGCAGCACGAGUUUUCAGCAAAAUGGUGGUGGCAAGUCAUUGUCAGCCCAAUGUGAUUGCUUUCAACACACUAAUCAAGGGCUUUUGCGCGAUCGGAAACAACACUCUGGCUAUUCAGUUACUCGGGAAGAUGGAUGAAAGAGGAUGCCAGCCUAACAUAGUGACCUUUACCACCAUCAUCGACAGUCUGGGCAAAGAUGCACUGGUUGACGAAGCAAAGAACCUCUUCUCGGAAAUGGUUGGUAGAGGGAUUUCUCCCAACGUUGUUACUUACACCUCAUUGAUUCAAGGAGUUUGCAAUCUAGGCCACUGGAAAGAAGCUACGAGGUUGUUGUAUGAAAUGGCCAAUCAAGGUAUCUUUCCAAAUGCUUUCACCUUCAAUAUCCUGGUUGAUGGCUUUUGUAAGAAAGGGAGGGUUGUGCAAGCCAAAAUUGUGGUUCAGAUUAUGAUUCAAAGAGGAAUUGAACCUAACACUAUUACAUACAGUUCCCUUAUGGAUGGUCACUGUUUGCGAGGAGAAAUGGACGAGGCGAAACAAGUUUUUGAUCUAAUGGUUGCCAAGGGCUCCAUGGUUAAUGUUCAUAGCUGUAGCAUAUUGAUUAACGGAUAUUGCAAGCAGAAAAAGAUUCAUGAGGCAAAAGAAGUUUUCGACGAAAUGCCUCGUAGGGGAAUUGUUCCUAAUACCAUUACCUAUAGCACUCUUAUUGAUGGUUUUUGCAAAGCUGGGAGACUACAAGAAGCAGAAAAGUUGUUCUCUGAGAUGCAAGCUUCUGGCCAACUUCCAAGUAAUUGUACUUAUAAUAUUAUACUUGAUGGCCUCUGUAACAACCAACAACUUUCUAAGGCAAUUGAAUUGCUUUAG